GGCCGCUGGGCAGGGGGGGGAAAGUGGUGUCCGAAUACCGGGCUGUGUCCUGCCGAAACGGCGCUCUGGUCUUGGUGUAUUGUCACCGCUGAGCUCCCGUGAAAAUCAGUGUUAAUAAUUUAAAGGGACAGUGCCACUAAUUACCCAUGUGUACGGUGACAUGACAGUGUGCAUGCUGGUGGGGGAGGGGCUUAACUGAAAGUGUCAGGAAAUGAACGGAAAACGUCCAAGUAUCUGAACUAUAUGUAGGUGAACUACAGGCAUUUCCUAUGAUUCCCUGUGAGGCCGAGCCCCACGUGUUUGUGCAGUGUUAUCAGGUCAUUAAAGAGAUUGGGAGCGCAGAGAUGCUGAAAUGACAGAAUCUGAAGAGACAGUCCUGUACAUAGAGCACCGCUAUGUGUGCUCAGAAUGUGGGGAGGAAUUUCCCAACUUGGGGGACGCUGUCCUGCACCAGCAAAGCCACACGGCAGCCUCAGACGAGACCCAAUACCAGGUUCUUGGGAUCGAUUCUCAGGAAAACCACUAUCAGUGCCUGGAAUGUGGGCAGCUGCUGAUGACGCCUGGUGACCUGCUCACCCACCAGGAGCUGCAUCUCAGAUUACUGAACACGUCUAAGCCUGAGAGCCCAAAAACCAAGCGAACGUCCCGCAGCGAGAUUCACUAUGAAUGCCCAGACUGCAAGGCAUUGUUCACUAGCCAGGAUGUAUGGAUGGCCCACAGGUACACUCACAUGGAGGGCCAUGAUGCUGCACAGUCCAAGGUUGUACUGCAAACAGAAGACCAUGUACUGGAGGAUACGCUGCAGCUCAUGUGCAACCAGUCUGCUCCUGGCGAGGUCCAUCUUGUGGCAGGACAGCAACAUUUUCAUGUACCUGCCCAAUCGUCUACAGCAUUAUCUCAUACACAGGUGCUUGUGGACUUGGAGCAUUCUUACAAGAAAAGUGAAGGUGUAGGGGAAGAAUGUGCAGUGGAAGUUUUGUUAUAUAAAUGUUCAGAAUGCGCUCAACUUUUCCAAACACCUGAAGAGUUCCUGGAUCAUCAAGCUACGCAUUUCCAGGGGCAAGAAAGUGGUCAACAGCCCGAGAUAUCUCAACCCUCUGCAAGCAAGCCAUCAGGUGACCAGGAGCAAAAAAAAGAGUCUCCCACCUCUGAGAGUUGUGUACAGACGAGCGACAAUGCUUCUCCUCCUGCUCCCCCUCCUGAAGCAGAGCAAGGGGCAAAAGAUGCUCCUUUCUCAUGUUCUCCAUGUGGAUUGACUUUUAAGGAUGCUGGUGAACUAGAAGUUCAUCAGCUAUUUCAUCAGACUGGACCCUUCAAUUGUCCAUUAUGCAGUAAAGUAUUUUCUACAACCCCAGAGUUGGACGAACACCUUAGAUCACAUCAGGGAGAGUCCCAUUACCUUUGUAUGGAUUGCGGGCUUGGUUUUGCCAGUGAGGCUGUCCUAUUAAAUCACCGUAGAACUCACCUCACAGACCCACUGUACUCCUGUGAAUGUGGACUUACUUUUGUUAAUAUGACAAAAUUCCUGUAUCACAGACGUCAACAUAGCAACAAACCUCGUGACCCUGCACCGGCAGAAGAGAAUAAAAUAAAGAACUACACCGUCCCAAGUCCGGCAGGUGGCUUUGUGUGUUCUUGCGGUAAAGAGUUCCCUACACUUCCUCAGUUGUUGCGCCAUCAGCAUUUUGUGCAUUCGCUUGAAAGGAGACAUAAGUGUCCGACUUGUGGCAAACCCUUCAAAAAGCGUUCGCACCUACGGAACCACAUUCUGACGCACACCGGAGAGAGACCUUACUCUUGCACAGAGUGUAGCAAAUCCUUCAACUCCCAAGCCAAUCUGCUACGACACAAGCUUACCCACACGGGGGAAAAACCACACAAGUGCCAGAUCUGCGGUAAAGCAUUUAGCCAAUCCUCAACACUUCAGACGCAUCUUUUUGUUCACAGUAAGGCAUAUCCUUACAAGUGCUCAGAGUGCGGGAUCAAUUUCCACCGACCCUACCGUCUUCUCAUGCAUCAAUAUCAUCAUACUGGAGAGUAUCCUUAUAAGUGUCAAGACUGUGGCCUUUCCUUCUUGCUCAAGAGGUUGCUUGAAGUACAUCAGCUUGGGCAUAAAGGUGAUGUGCCUUCUGUGUGCGCUGACUGUGGCACCAAUUAUCCGAGUGCACAGAGGUUAAAAGAUCAUCGUUGCAAUCGAGCAGGUGGUGGAGCCGGAGAGAAGCUGGAGUGCCCUAUAUGUGGAAAGAAAGUAAAUUCUGAUGCCCGACUAAAUGCCCAUAUUGCAACUCAACAUGAAGGCACCAAACCUGGACAUGGUUGUCCAGGAAGAUGCAAACAACCAGUAUCUCCUCAAAGCAGGCAGAAAUUGGGCACCAAAAAGCUGGAGUGUCUCGACUGCCACAAAACCUUUAGUACUGAAACUUCCUUACAAGUUCACCGCAGGAUCCACACUGGUGAGCGUCCAUACCCCUGCCCGGUCUGUGGCAAAGCCUUCCGACAAUCCACGCACCUGAAGGACCACAUGCGUUUACACACAGGGGAGAAGCCCUUUAAGUGUGAUGUGUGCGGUAAAGCCUUCACUAUUGCUGUUCGACUGUCGGAGCAUAAACGUAUCCAUACUGGGGAGCGUCCCCACACCUGCCCGGAAUGCGGGCGCGCUUACCGCUCCUUUUCGAACUUGUGGAAACAUCGUAAGCUGCAUCGUGAGCAAGCCCUCCCACCUGCAGCCCACGAGUCCCACUCCAAUGACCUCUCCAGCACUGUAGCUAUACUAGAGACUGUAGAAACCAUUCCCAUCAUUGAGACUGUGGAAAUCUUCCCCGAAGGCAGCACAAUAAGCGUACAAGAUAUUCAGUUUGAGACUUUGCAGGUGGAGAAUAUUCAUUUGGGCAACAUUCAGAUUGGAACCUUAUGAGAAGUAAAAAGCAGCAAGUUCUCAGUUGGCGUUAAAGCCAGGUUUUCAGAGGGUCUGCCGUUCGUAAUAUGUUAAAGCCGCAGGGACAAGCUGUUGCUGUCAGACAUCCGCUUUACUUAUGUCCAUCCUGUAUGACAUGCCGCUAAUUCAGAUUUUAAUUAAACCCUCUAGUUAUUAACCAUUCCUGGUGGAUGUUCCAA